UUCAUUAUACGUUUUGAAGAUUUAGAGUACUAAAUUUAAAAAAGUUAAAGUAAUAAAACUAAAUUAUAUCUAUGUGAAGAGUUUGAAAAAAUUAACGAAGUAACAGAAACAUGGCAUUUAAAGAAGUAAUGAUCCAGAAUCAGAAUUUUAGGGAAACGCAAAACAACCUGAGUGCGGCAGGGUUGCUUCAUCGGAAUGGCUACAAAUUGGGUCGAACAAUUGGAGAGGGCUCAUAUUGCAAGGUGAGAGUGGCCAUUAAGUUUUUCGGAAACGGCCAUGGCUUAAAGCUGGCCUGCAAGAUGAUAAGCAAGAAGAGAGCAUCAGUUGAUUAUGUGACUCGGUUUCUUCCUAGGGAAAUAAGCAUCAUAAGAAAUCUCCAGCAUCCAAAUAUUACUCAGGUGUUUGAUAUCUUGGAGUCAUCAGACCAUGUUUUCAUCUUCAUGAACCUAUGUGAGAAAGGAGAUCUCCUCGAAUAUAUAAAGCGAAAAGGAGCUCUGGUGGAAUUCAAGGCUAGAACCUUCUUCCGGCAGCUUGUGUCGGCCAUCAUAUAUCUUCACAACCAGGACAUCAGCCACCGAGACCUCAAGUGUGAGAAUAUAUUCAUCACUGCCAAGGACGACAUGGUGCUUGGAGACUUUGGUUUCGCUCGUAGAUGUCGAGACCCAUAUACACAAAAGAGGAUUCUCAGCGAGACAUUCUGUGGCAGUGCAGCUUAUGCGGCACCCGAGAUUCUUCAGGGCGUGGCAUAUAAUCCUAAAAUGUACGAUGUGUGGUCCAUGGGAUGUAUCCUGUACAUAAUGUUGACAAGUUCGAUGCCCUUCGAUGACUUCAACAUUGUCGAAAUGCUCAAACUCCAGCUGGCACGGCAGUUCGAGACACGACGCUUCAACUUAAGAGCUUCUGCAGAGAAACUGAUCUUCCAUAUGUUGGAGCCUGACGUGACGCGUCGAGCAACAGCGUCCCAGAUCGCACAGUCGCAAUGGCUAAGGGAACAUUUCUACUCUAAUCUCCACGCUAUAACUCCCGCUAACUACAGUGCAUCCAUUGGGUAGACACCAUAAAACGCUAUUGUCUCUUAACAUUAUUAAACGAUCCAAAUUAAAAUUA